AUGGCCAAGCUGCUGCAAGUGCCCCCCAAGUUCCUCCCCCCAGAAUGGCACAUUGCCAACAAGCACCAGUACUCCGGUGCUGAGGCCCAGCGAUCUCGCUCGGAGCGCCUUGUGGACGAGAGCCAGCGGCUGGUGGAUGAAAUUGAAAGGACAACAGAGAAGACCCAAAGCGAUGUGAACAAGAGGAUAGAGCAGAGACUUGAGGAGAUCAAAUUCUGGAAGCAGCAGCUAGGUGACAAACUUGACCAGAUUGUGAAGGAGACAGAGGUGCUUCUGACGUUUGGGAGUCGGCUGGAGAAGGCCUUGGAGAGCUGCAGAGAGCCGCUCUUCAUCGUACAGGAAUGUCUCCUAAACCGGCUAAAUCGCUCUGCCAAAUACAACCUGGAAAUGGAUCUGAAGGACAAGUUCACUGCAUUGACCAUUGACAACUACUGCUCCAGCCUGAACAACAACACACCGAAUAUUCGAUACGCCCAGAAUGUCGUUUCGGUGGAUGACAGCUCAGUGAGCCCCCAGGAGUGGGUGGAAUUCUCAAAUGUGAAUGUCGAAAAGGCAGACAAGCAACGGAACAAUUCCUUGGCGCUCCGUGCCUUGAUCGACAGUAUCCUGUCCCAGACGGCGGGCGACAUGCGCAAACAGAACAAGACAGUCAACAUCGCUUUCCAGAACAGGGUGAAGGAGACGAAGGAUGCGAAGGCCAAGCUGGAAACGCACCUGGCAAAGGUGAGCACCAGACUAGCAAGCAGGUUGACGGAAACACUGGCUCAGGCGGAAGCAGAGCUGAAGGGGCUGAACCGGCGACAGCUCUCUCUGGAGGAGGAGAUCCAGGUCAAAGCGAACACCCUCUACAUUGAUGAAGUGCUUUGCAUGCAGAUGAGGGAGUCCAUCUCCAUCAACAACUUCUAACG